AUGGUAGUACGAGCUCGUCCGUCAAUUCGAAGGAAGAUCCAAAAAUCGUCAGUGCUUAAUACAGCCAUAAGUGACUGGAUGAACGCCCACACCUUGAGUCCGAUAGCAACAACAGAUGCCAAUUUUAUCGGACCAACUAUCGUUGAAAUACUGUACACCCUGGUGUACGCUCUGAUCCUGGUCAUUUUUAUAUACCUGGUCAAAACAUUGGACUUCUCAUUCACGAUGUGCCUUGCACCGGUGUUCAUUUUUUCAAAUGCUAUGAUAUUUGUUCUGGUGUACACCUCGUUUUUUAAAGACAGUUACACCAAUAGAGCGUAUUACAGCUUGGGAAUAUAUCAGACAGUUUAUAUUUGGGUGUUGUGGGUUCUCAACAGCAUUGUGCACUCGUUCAUUGCUAAUUGUAACGUGCAGCGCUGUUUUACGAGCGUGUUUAUAAUUAUGUAUUCGAUGCUGACGUGCUUCUUUAUUGAUAAGCACUUUGAAUACAAGUACAUCGAACGGGAUAGAAAGUCUGUGUUUGUGUUUAGAUUGGUUACUUGUGCAUGCAGUUUUUUCUUUGGUAUUCUAUUUUUGGCAUUUACCACACUGGUCAAUCUAUUCAAUUUCUAUUAAAUUUGCAG